AUGCCUAAAUUCUGUCAAAAAUGCGAGCAAGAAAUUGCCGAAGGCAAAGAAGGAAAAUAUAGAACAGUGACUUAUACAACGCCAAUUGAAAGGGCCAUUUAUUAUGUUUGUCCUGAUUGUUUUAAGAAAAUAGAGCAAGAAUUAGCCGAGGAAAAGAGAAAGAGAGAGCGCAUGGACUGA